CUGCGGUCCCUAGUGAUCAGCAUUGCUAAGGAAGCUCGUCUCAAAGAGCAGGUUGUCAGCCGCUGUGGCGAGUUGCCAUGCACCACUCAGGUUUGCAAGUACAUAUCAGUUGAGGAAGCUACUGCAACUGCAGAUGAGGAAGUAAUGUCAGGUAACCUGCUGCAGGACCCGAUCGCUCCCACCGACUCGUCAUGUCAGCAUUACGUCUGUCGAGGCUGUAAGGGUCAGAGGAUGCAGCUGAAGCCCUCCUGUAGUUGGUGUAAGGACUAUUCCCGCUUUGAGGAAAACAGGCAGCUCUCUUUGCUUGUCCACCUUUACAGGGAGCUCUGUCUCUACAUCACUCAGUCGCCACUCGCCCCUCACAUAGCCAGCGCCGCCAGUGACUCGCCAGAUCUCCAGGCCAUCCUGAACGAGGGCCUGAAGUUGGCCGAGAGCGAGCCAGAGGCGGAGGACGUUCCGGAUUCAAUGGGGCUGUCGCAAACGGCCUCCACCUCCGACGUGGUCCAUCCCAACGAAGCUUCUCCUGCGAAGGAGCUCAAAGGAGAGGAGCUGAGCCCUCUGAGCGUUAACGGACUGCAUGAUUGUAACGGCCUGGUCAGUUCGGACUCUCUGCAACCCGUCAUCAUAGAAACAGGUGGCGGCGUUGCGAAGCAGGAAAGCUUCUCCACAGAGAUCCCCGUGUGUGUGAGCGUCACCGGGACUGGGGAGGCGGGGCUUUGUGACAUUAGCACCUUCGGGGAUGACCUGAAACAUGGCGGAGGGCCGUUGUUAUUGAGUGUUGAGGAGGUGCUCAGGACUCUGGAGACGGACACGGACCCUGACCCCACACCCGAGCCCACCCCCCAGCCAGACUGCCCUCCCUCUGUACCUCAGUCCAGCCUCAACGGGCCGCGCUGCCCGUCUGGGCUGGACUCCUCCCGUCUCAUCCCCUCUCUCCCCCCAGAGAACAGCCCUCGCCCCCUCCAGUCUCACCCGCAGCCCUCCUUGCAGCCUCCCCCUCAACCCUCCACAGUCAUCCCACGAGCCCCCCCUCGGUGCCACCGCAAGCGUUCCCGCUCAGAAAGCGACAGCGAGAAGGUGCAGCCUCUCCCCAUCUCCAGCCUCCUACGAGGGCCCCCCCACGGUGCCAACAGCUCCCCCCACCACCCCAACCCUGGUGCCACCACCAAACAGGAGCCUAAAUUUCCUGCAGUCUCGCCCCACCCUCACCUGGCCCCGGUGCCGAAUGGCGGCCCCCCUAAAGUGGGGAAGGCUGUGCUCGUCUCCAACAAGGCACUGAAAAAGACUGUGGAGCAUCAUGGGUCCACAAAGAAGGCUUAUACCAAAGCCAGGCAAGGGGCUCCAAAGCCUCGUGCACAGCCCCGUGACCGCUUGCCCCCUCACCCCCAUGCACACCCCCUGACACACCCACCCAGCCCCUCAAAGCCACUGUAUAAGAAGCCUGUGGAGAAGAAGGGCUGCAAGUGCGGCCGGGCCACACAGAACCCCUCCGUGUUGACCUGUAGGGGGCAGCGCUGCCCCUGCUACUCCAACCGCAAGGCGUGUCUGGACUGUAUCUGCCGCGGCUGCCAGAAUUCCUACAUGGCCAACGGGGAGAAGAAGCUAGAAGCCUUCGCCGUGCCAGAGAAAGCUCUGGAACAGACCCGACUCACGCUGGGAAUCAACCUCACCAGUAUCACGGCGGCGGCCCUCCGCAGCCCGGCCACCAGCUCCCCCGGCAACACCCUCCUCAACGUCACCGCGGCCACCGGGGCGCCCGUCACAGCCAGCUUCCUGUCGGGGGCGGGCCACGACAACAGGGGCUUUGACGAUUCACUGGAGAUGCGGUUUGACUGUUGAGGUUCCGCCCCUCCUCUGGUCAGUCGUAUCGCACAUUCCCCCGCCCCGCCCGCUGGGCGUUAUCCAUCGGGUCGUGCCAGGGACCUGCAGUAGGCGGAGCCAGAACAAGGCAGCUACAGUGACAGGCGGUAGUGAGGGUCACCAGCUGAAGAUGAGGGGUCGCCCUCCGUCCAUCGCCCGAAACUGCACCAUGCUUGUGGUCUUGCGUUCAGAUGCAGCGUGGAAGAGAAGAAGGAAAAGAAAGAGGAGAUGUAGCGUUACUGUAUGUGCAGAGAUUUCAUUUCAGUGAGGAUAGUUUCUGUUUUGUUCUCUACUAUGGGUAACGUGUAGAGCAUGUUGUGUAGUCGGGAGUGUGUGUGUGUGUGUGUGAGCGAGCGUGGAUGAGAGUGUGUGUGAGGGGAAUGCUUUGGUUUGGAGAUGAACAGUAUCAGCAGGAACAGAGACAUCAUCAUCAUCAGAGACGUGUAAUUUAUAUAAAGGAAAGAACUUUUUGUACAUGGACUUUAUCAGUUUCCAUUUGAGAAAAUGUUUUAUGAUAUAUUUUAUAAGUUCGAAUCGAUGGAGGCCGGCGCCGAGGCUGAGCUGCUUUCAACCGGAGCGUUUCCACACAGCUGACCGGUGAGAUCACGCGAGUCGUUAACGUUAAAAAUGUGAUGAUCCGAUUUAUCUUCAACUGACAAACAUGCUGUGAUGUCGCAGCGACUAAAAAUGCCUUUAAAUGUGUCGUCGAUGAACCAGCGCUGCAGACGGAAGAUGAAACUUCUCUGUGGUUCGUUGUUUAAAUAUGUCGCGGUUCUUGAAUGAAGCACUUUCCCCACUUUCUCACACCGACCACACAUUUUUAAAGCCGCCACGUUUCUCCCCCCCCCCCCCAAGUGUUUAAAACCUCCGGUUGAUCGCGGCCUCCUCGCACCGCGUCUCACGAGAUUUAGUUUUCUGAAAGCUACACUCAUGCUGCUAAACACCACAGAGGACUGAAGAAGGAGAGCGCACCUGUUCUCCUCGUCUUUUUGUUCAGUUUGAACGUUUUGUUAACAACAUUCGCAGUAUUUAUUGGAUGUCUCCUGACACGGUUGCCACGUGUUGGACUUCGCUUUCACCUACUCUGCCUGUCAAGUCUGUCGAUCCAGUUUGGACUGUCUCUGUCUCGGUUACGUUGCCGUCUUCUUCUUCUUAGUGUUAGUUCCUGGUGUCUCCAAACGAUUUUUGUUCUCCCUCGGGGCAUUUAAAUACCUGUAAUAUAACUGUAACAUAUUUCCACAAAAAAGAAAGAAAAUCAAAAACUUA